UGGAAAUUUUUGCUUUUAAAGUCGGUAAAUCGAAAAAUCACAAAUUCUCGAAUCUCGUGAAAGAAAAAAUAAAAAAAACAAUUGUAUCAAAAUGGCGCGUGCGUGUAAAAUUGGUUCCUAAACCAUCAUGCACGUGGUAUUUGGCGACAAAAUAUAAAAUUAUAUAAAUAUUUUAUUUUGCAUAUAAAACGAUUAACGAAUCGUGCACAACGCGCAGGUGUUGGACUGUUAAACUGUCAAAGGCCAUUGGAAACGAAAUAUUGAAACAUAAUAGCCAAUAGGUAUUAGGUAUACCAUUUGUGAUUAUUAUACGAUUGAAUUCAAAUGGUUUUAUCGGUUUAUUUCAUUCUUAAAUCUUAGGUUAACCUUUACUGAACCUUUCUACGUCUAGUAAAGUACUAAAGUAUAACUACUACCGCCAGCGGCGUUCAGGAUAAAGGAUAUGCGAAUUCUCUUGGUUUGGUCGGUCAGGGCUCUUGACAGUAAACUGGAUUUGAGAGCUUAAAAUAUGUCUAAGUUUUUAAAAAACGACUGUAUAGUCUGAUACAUGUCUAUAAAAUAUAAACUGUGUGGUCACAGAUAAAUAUUUUGGGUCAGACCUCAAUGGAUUUUUAACACGCCUUUAGAGCCUUCGGGCCCUGGCGUCUACAUAUAAAACAAUAUUAUAAUAUAUUAUUCAUUAUUCAAUCCUAAAUCUAUCAAUGAUCGCGCAUCUAACUUCAUAUCAUAUAUCGGUGACCGGUAUGGUUUUUAGGUUAUGAAAAUAUUGUUCUUUUCUAUUUGUUUUGUUGUUUUGUUUCGUUUACCUUUACACCUCGGUCUUGGUCUCUUAGAUUAAGAACUUAAAACUUAUGCUUUUCUGCAAAUGCACUCUGUGGCCCGCUUGGCUGCAGUUUUGCAGUCGUUACUCGUUAUUUGACAUGUUUGAAGUAGUUUUGAAUCUGACGUGCUGAACACUGCUGCUGUGGCUCAUAGCUAUUAUCUUUUGGUGUGGAUGCAUAGAAUAAACAAAACUUGCGAGUGUGAUGAGGAAUGGAUAUUUUGGAUGAACCGAAAUUAUUGCACUUUAGUACUUAACUAACAGUAUUGUAGGAACAAUUAGUAUUCGUACUCACCGUUAUAAGUCUUGUGAGAAUGUGAAAUCGACAGAAAAUUAUUACGAACAACGGUUAAACUCAUUCAGUCUCCGGUCACAUAAUGCGGCUGACUAAGCAGUCGGUCACUCUGCUAUAUCUAUCAUCGUGCAAAAUUUUCGCCAAUUUGCUGUUCCUCUAUGGGUUCUUUUCGUUUGGCUACAACGACAGUCGCACAUCAACGCCAAACGAUAUUCCGUCGAUCAUAUGGCCAAACAAAAAUGACUCGGAGCCUUGGCGUUUUGACACUCGUCGCUUGUAUCAUAAGUCAGUAAACAAAGUUGUGUUGAUGGUAAUUGAUGGUAUUCGUUAUGAUUUUUUCACGGAAUCAGAAUAUAAUGUAUAUAUGCCAUUUUCUACUGAUCUCAUAAAGCAAAAUCAAAGUUGUUUAUUUCGUACCAGAGUGAACGCACCUACAGUUACAAUGCCACGUAUUAAAGCCUUAACUACAGGUACAGUACCAAAUUUUAUUGAUCUUGUGCUAAAUCUGGAUAGUUCAGCUGUGAAACAAGACAGUAUUAUUCAUCAAGCUCGUGCAGCUAAUAAACGAGUUAUAUUUUAUGGAGAUGAAACAUGGUUAAAAUUAUUUCCAAAUUCAUUUGUCAGACAUGACGGAACUACAUCCUUUUACAUAUCUGAUUAUACUGAAGUUGAUAAUAAUGUCACUCGUCAUCUAGAAAAUGAAUUAAAACCAACAGCCGACUGGGAUAUUAUGAUUCUUCAUUACUUAGGUCUUGAUCAUAUCGGCCAUACAGGUGGACCUCGAAGUACAUUGAUGCCAAAUAAAUUAUCUGAGAUGGAUAAUAUUAUUCAACGUAUUGUAAAGUACAUGGAUUCUGAAAAAUCUGAAUUGCCAUCCGUUUUAAUUGUUUGUGGUGAUCAUGGAAUGCGUGACAAUGGUGGUCAUGGUGGAUCCUCAAUUGGCGAAGUAAUGGUUCCUUUAUUUGUUUAUUUUAAAAAUAAGAAAUGUGGCGGAUCUAUAAAUGAAGAAAUAAUGCAAACAGAUUUCGUUCCAUCAAUUUCUGUAAUUAUGGGACAACCAAUACCUUCAAGCAGCACUGGAAAACUUAUAAAUAAAAUUGUGCAAAAUCUUAAUAUCAAUGAAAUUCUUUUUGCAUAUCAUUAUAACACACAUCAAAUGUUUACAAAUUAUGUUUCAAAAAAAGGAUUACUGAACAAAGCUUUUAUGGAUGAUUAUGAUCAUGCCGUGCUCUAUUAUUAUGAAUGGUUGAAAAGAGAAACUGUUUCAAUCAAGCAAGCACACCGUGUUAUUUCGCUAUAUGAAUCUGCAAUGAAUGGUAUGAGGAACUAUAUAAUUGGAUCAAUAGCUAAAUUUGACGUAUUUCUCAUAAUUGUCUCAAUUGUAUUAUCUAUACAGGUAUGGUUGUUGCUCAUAGACUUUGAUGCUGUAAAUAUCCAAUUUAUUAAAAUUAGCAGUUUUGUGUACUUAAUGCUAAUUCGUUGGGCCAUUUGUGUAUGGUUACAAUGUGAUAGUGUACUUUGUGAAUUCACCAUCACAUUUAAUUUAUUAGCUAGUGUUAUAAUCACAAUGUUUAUUAUAAACUUUGGAAGUUUUGAUUGGCCACUUACUACAUUUUUUAAAUUAGAGAUUAAUGAUUCCGAUAAUAACUUAUUUUAUGUUUUGCCGGGAAUAUUAAUACAUGUAUUAAGUCUAUUUUCAUCAAGUUACAUCGAAGAAGAGCAUCAAUUGUUGUAUCACCUUUGGACAGGAUUUUCUGCUAUUCAAGUGUACAAAACUUUUGUUAUGCAAAGUUAUACAACAACUGCUAAGUGGGUUGUAUCUAUGAUUUUGCAUCGAUUUUGUAAAAAUCUGAAUAUUAUCGGUAAUCAAUGGUCAGGUGUUUAUAGUUUAGGAGAUUGGUUCCGUGAGUCCCAAAAUAAAAUUUAUUUGUCAACUUUAAUGGUUAUUGGUCUCUGCAGUAUAUUCUAUGCUUGUAUCAACAUUUACCUAGUGGCUAAAAACAAAAAGCGAUUUUAUAUAUUAAGUAAAAUUAUUUUUGUUUUAUAUUUUUGGACUUUAUGCAGUGUUUAUAUGUAUAGGGUUGAAACUAAAGAACUUCCUGUACCAUAUGGAUAUAAUAUAUUAAAUUUAAUAUUUUGUUUGAAUUCGUGGACUAUAGCAUGGUAUUUAUUAAUUGGAUGCCAUAUUUUUCUUGUUAUCAAACAAAAUGAUAGAUAUAACAACAAGUUUAAUAGUGCUGUCUGUUCAAUGAUAAUCUUGUUAAUGCUACGUUUGUCACUAUUAUUAAGACCUCAUAACAUUUUGGUACCGGCAGUCUUAGUGUAUACAUGUAAACUCCUUCAAUUUAAAAGCUGGAAUACUUUGACUGUAACUAUACUUCAUUAUUGGUUGUCGUUGAUGUUUUUUUUCUAUCAGGGUAAUUCAAAUAGUGUUGGGACAUUAGACAUAGUUCCCGGAUACAUUGGUCAAACCACUUAUGAUCCUGUUGUUGCAGGAAUCCAUAUUUUUACCCAUACAUAUGGUUUCCCAAUGCUGGUUUACUUAUUCCUUGUUCUCGAUCAAAAGUUUUCAGGACUUCAACAACUUUGUGUGCUUAACGUUACUCAAUCAUGUGUAUACAAUUUUGUUAUUUUAUUAUUUCGUAAUCAUUUAUUUGUUUGGUCAGUAUUUUCUCCAAAACUUUUGUAUAUUGUAAUAUUUACAUCUACAACAUACAUUUUUUCUGCACUAAAUGUUAUUCUAUUAACUUUAUGUAGAUCUUCUACUAAAAAAAAAUUGGAAAUUUAAAUUUGUGUAUUUGUGGGUUACUUAAUUACUAUUUAUAUUUUAUUAUUUAUUACAAUGUGCAAUGUUAUUAUGAUAAUGAUUGAUGGCUCUAAGUGUAAAUUAUAAAUUAUUUUUUGUUAAUUUAUAAAAGUGUAUGGUUGUUAGACCAUUAUAUUAAGUAUUGUGUAUUAAAAUUAUAAGACCAUACUUAUAAUUUAUUAUAAUUACUUUUUAUACCAUAUUUGUCUUCAAUUAAUUUAUUACACUGUCUAAGAUUCUUAUUACAUAUAAUUAUUUCUUAAUAAUUUUAAAUAUUAUUGUAAAUGUGUUAAACUGACUGUUACAUUACUUAACU